AUGUCCAUCUUCGCGGAUUCGGAUUAUAUUGGAGAAGAAGGCCUCAAGAACUUAAGACAUUACAAAUAUGCGGCCAUCGAUAAAUCACCGAUUUCGAACUAUAUUUUGAAACCAUAUUGGAAUUGGGCAAUUGGAUUAUUUCCUAUGUGGAUGGCACCAAAUUUAAUAACAUUAUCUGGAUUAAGUUUUGUUUUUCUGAAUGUGAUAUGUAUUAUAAUUUGGAUCAAUGAUCUCGUAGGUCCUGCGCGAAGAACAGGAACUUCAUCUCCUCUAGGUGAACUUUUUGACCACGGAUGUGAUGCAUUAAAUUGCACUUUCAGUUCAAUUGUUUUGGCAGCUUCCAUGGGAUUAGGUCAUUCAGAAUACGCGAUGGCUCUAUUACCUUUAAUGAUUAUUCCAUUUUAUUUAUCCACCUGGGAAGAAUAUCACACUGGUAUCUUAUAUUUGGGAUAUUGUAAUGGACCAACAGAAGGUGUUCUCUUAGGAUGUCUGUUACUGACGAUAUCGGCUAUUACAGAUUUAACUGAUAAUAUCCCCGGAUUUAUUCCAAUGGGAUGGACUGUCGUAGAUAUUUUACUUGCAUCUGUGUAUAUCAUGAAAUCAUAUUCCGAAGCACUUUCACAACUUAUUUCUAUUACGAUAUACUCUUUUUCUACCUAUUUAUGGCUUUCAUCACCUAAUUCUUACAUUUUUAGAGAUAAACAUUUUAUACUUUUUGCCAUGACCAUUGGGAUUGUAUUUGGAAGAAUGGCCACUAAAAUUAUUUUAGCACAUCUGACCAAAAUGCCAUUUCCUAAUAAAGAAAUUUUAACUCCCGAAUUCGAACAUUAUUAUUUAUGGGCCUAUUUCAUUUUCACUGCGGUAGCUUAUUUACAUUGGGCCUUUCUCGUUAUCGACAGAUUCUGUGCUUAUCUCAAAAUUAAAUGCUUCCGUAUUCCACAUCAUUCAUCAGGCGAAGAAGCAGCUCGUCUCCUACAUACUACUAAUCAAUGA